AUGGUUAAAGCUCUACCAAGGAAUAAUAGCCUUACAACCUAUUAUUUUCCUCAUCACGGUAUUCUCAGAGAACAAAGCACCACCACGCCGUUAAAAGUUGUGUUCAAUGGAUCCAGCCCAUCAACAACAGGUGCUUCUCUUAAUUCAAUUUCUCACACUGGUGCCAAAUUACAAAAGGAUAUCUCUGAUGUAUUAUUGUGGGUACGAAAAUUCCGAUUCAUCUUUUCCACGGAUAUCACGAAGAUGUUUCGUCAAAUAAAGGUACACCCAGAUGACUGGAAUUUACAAAGAAUACUCUGGGUUGAUUUAAGCAACAAGGAAACCUCUUAUCAACUCACCACGGUAACAUAUGGUAAUAAAUCGGCACCAUUCCUGGCUGUAAGGGUACUAUUGCAACUCAUACAAGACGAAGGUCAUCGAUUUCCUCUGGAAGUACCUGUACUUCUCAAUGGUCGAUACGAGGACGACAUUUAUGGUGGGGCUGAUGAAUUAUCACAACUCAAGUAUAUCGCAAAAGAACUCAUGGAACUUCUCAUCUCUGGUGGGUUUCCUCUUGCAAAAUGGCAGAGCAACCAUCCAGACUUCUUUGACGCUGUCAAAGGAAAGGGCAGCACCAAUCACUCUCAUUUAAUCGAUCACACUCAAACCAAGGUUCUAGGUCUUUCUUGGUUUCCAAGGUCGGAUCAAUUCAAAUUUCUAACUGAGCCAACUACACCACUGGAUCAAGGAACAUCAAAAAGGUCUAUUCCCUCCGAGGUAUCUCACAAGUAA